AUGUCCACGCCUAUGCAGACAUAUAAGUAUUUCGAUCGAACACACUCUGAGUGGGAUAUUAUAGACUUUCUAAACGAUUGUAACGAUGGCGAGCUUCAAGCUUUCAGUCAGAAGAUAGGAAUUUAUCUAAAGUCUCUCGAGGUCAUCUUUGAUACUGAUAAAGGACAAAGGGGUAAACGAGCAAGGGAAUUGCUUGAUAGGACGAGCUACGAAGUUGGUGUUGGGGCGGGGGCAAUCUAUAGGGUUGUCUUACGUUCAAGACUAAAGGGUUCUCGGCCCGAUCGUCAAUUAGCAAAGAAAUGGGAUCAAAAGCGUGGACCAGGAUGUGGACCUUCAAUUCAUAUUCAUAAUUCAACAGUUUCUGGAAAUAUUCAAGGAACUGGGAUCAUUGAAGACACUUCGAUAAAACCAGUUUUGAAGCGGAAGUUAUCAUCCAAAAACGGUUUAAGUGAGGAAGAAACAGUCACAGAUGCUGACAAUAAUCCGUUUUUUGUCUCCGAGCAUGGAAAGGAGGAUGAGGAUGAGGAGGUAUUAAAUGAAGGAAUCAAAUUACCAACUCCUCAUACACGUAAAAAGGCGAAAACAAGUGUGACUAGUGCUCCAAAGAUAAAGAAUCUGAGACCAAGAAAGAAUAGCGAAAAGUCUUCCUCUUCUGAUACAGAGCUUGAGGGUGACGAAGAAAUAAAGUUUGAUUUACCACCAUUGAAAAGGGGUUGCAACUGGGAAGUUGGUGCCAUCAACGUAUUACGAAGAUUUAGACAAUAUCAGAUAGAGGUACUUGAGAAGGCGAAGACUAGCGGUUUGAAAUAUGAUAACAUUUAUGAAACCUUAGCCUUAUCAUCAAUAAUGGUGUUCUGCUGGCCCUGCCCAAUCCCGCUUCCACAAGAAAUUUUGUCAUCCCUUCCCGAAGCAUAUUGUAACCAUUUUCUUGGUAAUGAUGUCUUCAUGAAUGGUGGCAAUUCAAAACUAAGUAGAACAGUCGCAUGCGCUUUUAAUGAUCUGUAUAACAGUGUCCCAGAUGUUGCGCCAUCAAAGAUGUCCGAGGAUGAGCACUGCUACAUGUUUCUUCAUCCAUUAUUUACUGUAGAUCGUGUAGCGAUUCUAAACUCAGAGUCUAAACCUGUUGGUUGCACACCAUUGCAGCAUAAAAAAGACAGGAUCAAAGUACAAUUAAAAGCACGAAAGUCAAUAAACCAACAAAUACAAAGCAAAGGAAGUCCAAGUGAAGCCAUCAUAUUAUUAAAUAUGG